UUUUUAUGUGUUCUGCUUCCUAACCUCCAAGAAAAAUGCCCUCCCCUCAAAGAAAUUAAAUGCAAAGUGAAGAUGCUCAAGUAGUGCCAUCUCCUGUAACAAGUUCAUUAACUGGUGAAACCCAGUCUUUCUUUUUUCUUCUGUGUCCAUCUGAUCUUGUGCUUCUAUCACCUCCAUUUUACCUCUGCUGUGAUUUUAAGAGUCAGACAUACUGGCUCUGAGUUUCUAGAGCAUCUUGGUUUCUAGUGUAUCCUGAUCCAGUGGCAUUUACUGCCUAUCAGAAAUGGGAUAAUGAUGGUGUGGAAUUCAAAAUAUUUUAAUAAAAGUGUGACUUUUCUCAGAUAUAUGCUGUUUUCUUAUUGAAAAUCUGUGAGUAAAAUACACAUUGAUAUUAGCUGUUAUUCCUUAGUGUGACAAUAGUUCUACCAGAUAAGGUUUGUUUUUCGGUUGUUGUUUUUUUCAGUCUUUUUUUAGGUCAAGAUGAGUGAUAAGCCAGACUUGUCUGAAGUGGAGAAGUUUGACACGUCAAAACUGAAGAAAACUAAUACCAAAGAAAAAAAUACUCUUCCCUCAAAGGAAACUAUCCAGCAAGAGAAAGAGUGUGUUCAAACAUCGUAAAAUGAGGGUCUUCUCCCAAAAGUAAAUUUCAACAUUGCCUGAGUGUCUUAGUGUCUUGUUUUUUGUAAACCUUUGUGUUGUAGAGAUUUUAGGCAUUUUCUGAUGUCUUCUCACCCAUACUUCCUGGCUAAGAGGUCAAGGGUAACCAAUGUUGCCUUAUCUACAUUUUUAAAUUUUCCUUUGGUAUAUAAAUUCCAGCUGGCAGGUGCUGUCAAUAAUCUCACCAUUGAUGACCUUGUACCCCCUAUAGAAUAAGCCACUUGUAACAGUCUACAAUUGAUGCCUCCAUUGCUCCAUAAUCUUCAUGAAGUGGCAUGCUUUUGCAGCUUCUCACAGUUUAUUUUCAUUUCUAAU